CCGGCACCGAAGUUCGAAAUCGUUUGUGAACUUCCCGAAGAAACAGAAGCCGCAACAGCAGCUCUCUCGUCAACCCCUGCUGUUCUAAUGAGCGUUUAAGUGACCUAUUUGAUAGUGAAACUGACACUCGUAUCAUUAACAUUUCCUCCUCAUCAUAUUUUAUCUUUAUUUAUUUAUUUUUUUUUCGUUUGGAGAACCGCAUAAACAUUUACUUAUUUCUGUGUCUUUUUUUUUUAAAAAAAAAUUUUGAAAUGAUGUUUCAUAUGGACUGACAUUUGAGUUAAAAAUUUUUGAGUUAUGAUUAUAAUUGCUUUUGACAAUUUGAAUCUGCAUGCAGAGACGCACACUUGAAAUGAGAUAAGCAGAUGAACUGGGUUUUUAUUUUCUGACCUAUAAAUCAGGAAACGAGUUUGUUUUAACAAGUGACAGAACGCAACGAGAUUUAAUGCUGCUCUAAACGAUCUGAGAGACGUGCGCCUGCCGUGACUGUAAUUAGAUUUCCUGUUAAAUAUUUUGGAUAAUCACUGGAAUUUUAUGAGCAGAAAUUUAUAAUCGUUAUAUGAUUUUUGGCAUUUUUUCCCCUCAUAGUAUUGUAACAGGAGCACAAAUGUUAAAUUUCUGCUUUCUACAGGACGGAAAUAAAAAGAGAACUUAAAUUUGAAAACUUUAGUAGUUCUUUCUUUGGAUCUGACAACAAUUUUGAAAUGAAAUAAGUAAUAACCACCAUUUCAAGAAAUGGGAAAAUAAAUGGAAGUAAUGAACGGUUUAAGAAACUUUUCGAACACUGAAAAACAAGAACUAGUGUGAUAUUUUUUCAAAAAGAUUCAGAAUCGUACGAACUAUUUUAGAAAAUUCUGUUAGAUAGUGAAAUAUUCUUCAAGUAUUACAUGAAUGAUUUGAGAAUUCGUGGCCAUAUUGACAUGCAGCAAAAUAUAAACUGAAUAAAGAAAACGCUACAGUGUUCCACAUGGAAUUUAAAAGUCCUUUAGGGAUUUUCCGGAUCAUGACUAUAUUUUGAGCAUUGCCAAAUACUUUUGAAUUAUGAAACGCUUGUUAUCGCUUAUUUCUGAAAUUUGAAUUCGGUUUUAACUUUUAAAAUGGAAAAUCUUUCUCGAAGCGACAAUUGUGGUUAAACUUCUAUCCCAGAAUUUUUAGAAAAAUAUUGAAGCAUUCGAUAAUCUAAAGAGUAGAAAAUGAAAAUGAAUUCAUCAGUUAAGAAUAGUUCCCAUCAUUUCUCCCAGCAACAACAGUUGUACGUUCUAAGAGACUCUCAACUCAAGUGUAUUUAUUCUAUGAACGAGACAUCACAGCCUCAAGAUGGACUGUAUUGCCCCCAGACAUGGGAUGGCGCUUUUUGCUGGCCCUAUGCAGCUGCAGGGACACUAGUGGUCAAACCCUGUCCAGAUUAUGUGCAUGGAUUCAAUCCUAACGCAACCGCAAGCAAAUACUGCUCCGAAAAUGGGACGUGGUGGGUUCACCCGGAUCUGAAGCAAACAUGGACAAACUAUAGUCUCUGUGGCAACAUUCAACCCUCCCAGGACGAGGGAAAUGUCUUCGUGGUACACAUCCCAGUUAUAAAGGCCAUUUCGCAAACCGGUUACUCGGUUUCUCUGACUCUGCUGCUGAUCGCCUGCCUGCUGCUCGGGAGUGUCAGGAGAUUACGUUGUCCCAGGAACAACCUUCAUCUUCAGCUGUUCGCUUCUUUCAUUCUCAGAGCAUCCGUCUCACUUUUUCGGGAUCUCGCUUAUGGCAACAGCUUGGACGAGGGCAGCACCCUUUGUAAAGCACUGACCUGCUUCUGGCAGUACUGCUUGAUGGCGAAUUACUGCUGGAUUCUGAUGGAGGGACUCUACCUGCACAAUCUCGUCUUCUUGUCCAUGUUCACCGACACCGCCGGCAUACUCAAGUACGGCAUUCUGGGUUGGGGUUUGCCACUGUUCUCCAUUAUUCCCUGGAUAAUUGUGAAAGCGACAUUGGAGGAUACCUUAUGCUGGACGGUCAAUGAAAACCAAAGCUUUUUCUGGAUUAUAAGAGGCCCGAUCACUGCUUCCAUUGUGCUGAAUCUCAUCUUUUUCAUCAACAUCACCCGAGUUCUCUUUCUUAAGAUGUUUUCGUCACAAGCCAUCCAAAGCCGAAGAUACCGUUACAGGAAGUGGUUCAAGUCAACUCUUGUGUUGGUCCCGCUUUUCGGAGUGCACUACGCUCUCCUGCUGGCAGUGAGUUUCGCAGCAAAUCUGAGUGAAGCUCUGGAGAUCACCUGGCUUUACAUUGAUCAGACAUUCUCCUCUUUCCAGGGUUCAUUCGUUGCCCUGCUGUACUGUUUCUUAAAUGGAGAGGUGCAGAGCGAGGUGCGUAAGAUGCUGGAGAGAUUUCGCGAGAAGGAGGGCGGACACAACCCGCAGAACUCUCUCCUCACUCAAUCUCUGACGUACAUCAGCAAAGCUCGCUCUUCGGUGCAGUCUCUUCACAAUCUACCGAUUACAGAAAGGAAAGAUAACUGGAAGAAUGGCGACAUGUCUCUUGUCCCUCAAGGAACGCCCAACAUCGCCGAGAAAGAAGACUGGGGUCAAUCAGUUGGUCGCCAACAACACGCUGAAAGUCUCCUCUAAGCCAUGGAUUUGAAAAUAUCUCCAGGCCUAGCAAGGUAUAGAUCGCCUAAUGAGCCAAGAAAACACAUUUCAGUCUGUUUAUCAUAAGAUGUUGCACAUGAAUGAUUAUCUAUUGUAAAAGUUUUUGAAGUUGAUGGAUCUCAAAACUGACUUUGUGCAAAUGCCAUUCCAGAAUUUGUAUUUGAUGUGUAUAUGGUGUGGACAAUUAUUGAUACGCCAUUAUGUAACCUAAAGUAUAUCGUUGUAUCCUUGCUGCAUAUACAAGUUAACGUGUCUAUGUCUUUGUACUUUUAAAUUAUUAUCUUGUGACCUUUGAUGUGUAUAUAUUGCAUCUGGAAAUCGAGCAUGCAGUCGCGAUUCAUAUUUCUACGAAUAUGAUGACAACUGACUAUUUAGUUGAAUGGGAAAAAAAAUUAAUUUUUAAAUAUUUUGAAGUUGAUAAAUAAUAAAAUUAAGGCUUUUUUCAGAUUAGUUUUGGCUAUAAAAGAUAUUUUCAAUAAAACAUCUUUUAUUGCGAUUUAGUUUAAUCCAUCAAGAUCUCUUUACGUAAUGUUCCAAAUAUAUGAUAUUUAAUAUAUCGAAUUUGUAGUAUAAUACUUUCAUCAAAGGGGUUUAUUCUAAUACAAAUAUGACAUGAACAUAAAACUGCAAUAUUGUUGUAUUUAAUGUUGAUCAGAAAUAUCUGUAUCUAUACAUAUACAAAAAAUGUGCUGUGUUAUUCUAUAUGUAGUAAAAUCCCUGAUAAAUGUUUCCCUGUGCGAUUUGGUAUAUUCUGCACUUUAGUACAUAGAUGCAGGAACCGGUGCUGCAUUUUAGAAGAUAAUUUCGCAUAAGUGAAAUUAUUUGGUAAGUGUGACUCCUUUAUAUGUGCA